AUCUACGUUUUAUCACUGAUGAAGGCGGACAUGGAGUCCUUGUCAUUUUAAUUUUACACGGACAGUAUUUGUUUUUUUUAUCAUUCUAGGGCCAUGGUGUGAAAGGAUUUUUCAUCCUCGGCCGACAUAGAAAAAAAAAUGUACUUGUUUUAUUUCACAACUUUCAUACUGGUGUCUCUCCAAUUCGGUUCAUCAGACGCCCAGUACGAAGACGCCCGAUGCCUCUGCACCUGUACAAUUGUCAACGGUACGCAAAAGUACAAAAAGCUCCAGAUUAAUAAAAACGUUCCACCUAAUAACGACUGCGAUGGCAUCGUCAUCGAUGCGAUUGAUUUCCACUUCCCUAACAAAAGCCAGGAACUUUGUCCGAGAUGUGAAUGUAAAUACGAAACAAGAAACACUACUAUUAUUAAAGUUGUAGUUGUAAUAGUCAUUUGGAUAAUCUCGCUCCUCGUAAUUUAUAUGUUUUUCCUCCUUUGCCUCGAUCCGUUACUCAGUAAAAGAGCAAGCAGUAAUUACGUUGAACAUACAAAUGAAGAGGACGAUGUGAGCGUUGGCCCGUCUGGAGGCGCUGUUUCUUCGCACCAGAUGGGCGUCAGAGGUAACGUACUGAACCGAGUGGGCCACCAACAAGAUAAAUGGAAGAAACAAGUCAGAGAGCAACGUAAAAAUAUAUAUGAUAAUCAUACAAUGCUGAACUAAAAAAAAAUUUAAAUGUUUUUAUAAAUAAUUACCAGUAUUUCUUUUGUUUUUAUAGUUGUUAUGUAUGUAAUGUAUUAUUUCUGUGUAAUUUAUAGAUAUUAUAAGAAAUUAUUUUUUCCCA